CGUUUUGAACGGCUGAGAUGCACGCAAUGUCAUCCUGUGACUUGCCUAUACUAAGGCAGCGUUCGUUCCAGUGAGUUUGAGGAAGAAAGCACAUCGUUUUCCGCGUGCACGCUUCCUAAACUAGUGUUUUUUGCAAAAACUUUCUAUAGGAAAGUUCUUUUAAAAAAUCACAUUAAUCUAUUUUUGAAAUUUAAAAUAGUUAAUAAUCAAUUAAUCAUGAGCUAAUAACUCACCUCGUUUUGCGUAUCUUCCCAAUAUCCUCAAUCCCCUCCUCCUCAAACACACCCUAAGUCACCGAAGCUGAGUCCUGGCGUGUUCGGGCCUUCGGGGACCUCCUCGGCAACGGGAUCUUCAACUCCGACGGGGAGACGUGGGUGGCGCAGCGGAAGACUCUGGCCGGGCGUGCACCGCUGAUUCUCUCCCACCGGCCGCCGCGCGCCGCUCCCUCCCACCGGUUCCGCGCGCCGCCGCUCCUCUCCCGCCCUCCCGCCGGUCGCCGACCCUCGGGCACCGCCGCUCCUCUCCCUCCUUCCUGCCGGCCGACGCACGUCGCCGCUCCUCUCCCAUCGGCCGGCCCGACGAGCUCACCUCCUUCCUCGCGGAGCUCCCGUCGGCCGCCCUCUCCGCCGGCGCGGCGCUUGCGUCGGUCGCCCUGUCCGCUGCACGCACACCGGAUGCAGUACAAGCAAACGAAGAAAAGGAAUGCAAAAGAAAAGAAAAGGAUAGAUAGAGGAGAGGGCGUCCAGCACGUCGACCAGCAUCAAGGCGCGCAAGCUCGAGCUCGCAGCCGAAAGCGGCAAGGGCGACGCGUCGUCGCCGGCGGCGGCGUCCAUGCCGUUGUGCUGCUCCGCUGCUAGCAGCUAGCCGCGCGUCCCUAUGGCCUCCCUCCUGUGUAGUUCCGUGGUCAUCGACACAGGCUGCCGCCUCGCCGCGAGCUGCGCCCCCGUUUUGAGUUCGUUGACAUGCGACAAGCACCAAGAAAGUCAGCAAAAUGCCAGCAGGAAGAGGAUGCUAAGAUCUCGAUGUAAUUAACCGCUAACUAAUUUUGCUUGCAGGCCGGUGGAGCCGAGCAGGCGGCGGGGCGCAAAGACGAUAGGAGGAGCGGAGCGGGCGGCGGCGCGCGGAGCCGAUAGGAGGAGGUUGAGCAGCGGCCGGCCCGCGGAGCAAGAUGGGCAGCGGCCGAAGCGGGCUACGAGCUCGCCGUGAUGAGGAAGAAGAGGCAGAACUGAGUGGGGAGAGGGGGAUGACAUGUGGGGCCCACUGGGCCCCACCUUAUUUUUUAGCAGAUAUGUGGGCCCCACCAUUUUUAGAUUAAUUAUUUUCUGUGCGGCUGACAUGUGGGCCCAUGAUUUUUAUUAUUUUUUCGAUAUAUAAUUGCCACGUAAGCGUCACGUCAAUGCCACUUAUUACAGAGAAAUAGUCAAACAAGCCAUGUAGGCGCCACGUUAGCCAAAACCGCUUUCAAAACCACCGAGGGAUCUCGGUUGUCUGGUUUUUGUAAGAUGAGGGACAGUUCAGUUCGUACCCGGUUUUACGGUCAAGGGACAAAAAUCAGACUGGGCGACAAAUAUAGGGAUCCAAAGUGAACUUAUUCCCUCACUGCAGCCGCACAGGAGCGUACACUCGCUCGCAAGUCGGCCCGUAUGCUGAUCGCAGGCCGGCUAUUGACGGCCCACCAGGCACGCACGCGAAACUCACCGUGACUCGGACGGCGGACGCACCCACCCACCACUAAAACCACUUGCCGUGCCGCCCAACCACCCAACCAAACGUGUGACAAAACUCAUGUCUCACCUACACACCAACGGCCCGAGUCCGACACACGUCUCACGCACGAGCAGCGAGCUCGUUGCAAAUCCACGCUACAAAUAUCCAGCUCAGUAGCUCACGCGCCGUCACACUCUCCAGCAGCGUACAAUGUCGUCAGACGCCGGCGACGACGACGAUGUCGUGCUCGACUUCCGCCCGCUCAUCGUGGUGUACAAGAGCGGGCGGCUCGAGCGCCCCCUCGCCACGCCGCCCGUCCCGCCCGGCACGGACGCCGCCACGGGCGUGGCGUCCAGGGACGUGCGCCUCUCCGCCGCUUCCUUCGUGCGGCUCUACCUCCCGCCGCCCUGCGCCGCCGUUGCGGGGGGCGAGAGGCUCCCCGUGGUGGUCUACUUCCACGGAGGAGGGUUCGUGAUCGGGUCGGCCGCGUCGCCCGCGUACCACCGCUGCCUCAAUGACCUCGCCGCCGCCUGCCCCGCCGUCGCCGUCUCCGUCGACUACCGCCUCGCCCCGGAGCACCCGCUCCCGGCCGCGUACGAGGACUCCGCCGCCGCGCUCGCCUGGGUGCUCUCCGCCGCCGACCCGUGGCUCGCCGUGCACGGCGACCUCUCCCGCGUCUUCCUCGCGGGGGACAGUGCCGGCGGCAACAUCUGCCACCACCUCGCCAUGCGCCACGGCCUGACCAGCCAACACCCCCCGCAUCGCCUAAAGGGCAUCGUGCUGAUCCACCCGUGGUUCUGGGGCAAGGAGCCCAUCGGCGGCGAGGCGGCGGCGGGGGAGCAGAAGGGGCUGUGGGAGUUCGUGUGCCCCGACGCGGCGGACGGCGCGGACGACCCAAGGAUGAACCCGACCGCGGCGGGGGCGCCGGGGCUAGAGAACCUGGCGUGCGAGAAGGUGAUGGUGUGCGUGGCCGAGGGAGACACGCUGCGGUGGCGCGGCCGCGCGUACGCGGAGGCGGUGGUGCGGGCGAGGGGUGGCGAGGCGGCGGCGGUGGAGCUGCUCGAGUCGGAGGGCGUCGGGCACGUGUUCUACCUGUUCGAGCCGGGCCACGAGAAGGCCGACGAGCUUCUCCGGAGGAUCGCCGCGUUCAUUAGCGCCAAAUGAUCGAUCACUUAUACCAUGCGAGUGCGACACACCGAGAGUAGCACUGAAGGACGGUGUCGUCUGUGUUUGCGCGCCGUGGCGCUUGACAAGAAAAACGAUGGAACCGGAUCGUGUGGUUGGGCGUUGAAUUCGGUCACUUCACA